AUGGCGGACAGGGUUCAUUCACCUGCAAGGAACUCCUUUCGCGCUCGCGCGUGUGACAAUUGCCGAGCCCGCAAGAUUAAGUGUGACAAGACUAUUCCAUGCUCCAGCUGUGGUGCCUUAGGGAUACUUUGUAGAGUGGCCGGGAUUUCUGCGAGUGUCCCAGAGCCCCGGCGGAAUGUGUCGGGCCAAUAUGAAGAGAAAUUUGAUGCCAUCCAAGAACAGCUCGCUGUUAUCAAUCAAGCACUGGCGCAAAUUACGCAGCCUUCAACUACACCUCCCACCGCUGGCUCGGUUCCUGUUCCUGUGUCAUCUUCUCACGCCACCCUGCCAUUCGAAGGGCAGUCGUCCUUCCACCAUGAGACGCUUCUUGCUAAAGAUGCGGCAUUGUCGGCUAUUUCUACCUCCCAGAACAGUGGCUUGAACGAUCAUGUGUCUGCGGUUCUGUCGUCUUUAAAGAAUAGCCUCGCAAAGGAACACCCGUCUCCCGAUACCCAGCCGACAGAGAAGAGCGUGCCGUUAUCAUCACAGGGAACAGAAUCAUUCCUGCCGGUUGACCUCGUAGUGGCAGUGGUCAGGGCCUUAAAAGCCAAACCUCCGUUCUUCCUCGUCAGCCAUUCCUGGAGGGACUUUCUUCAAGUUGAAUCCCUCUGCCAAUCCAUAUAUUUCCCCCUAAAUCCAAUCCCUGCCGGGUCGAUGACGCUAUUAUAUGGACUGCUGUAUUAUAUCAUCCGAGAUUAUCUUCAUGAGGGACAUCCCGACCUCGUGCAGUUUGAUCUACCAUCUAGCGCAAAACUCUGCGAGAGCCGCUUUUAUUUGGGAUUGAACAGUCAUGAGCUGAUGGCGGAUCCGACCCUUGAAAAAGUCCAAGCACUCUUGAUCGGAAUAUUCAAAGCGCAGGAAGAAUUUGAUAUUCAACGCUGCUGGACAUACCUGUCCCUUGCGUUCAACAUGUGCCAAACUAUAGGCUUGCAUAGAAAUUCUACCACCAAGGAUGAUCCAUUCACACUCGCAGAAACGAAGCGCCACGUUUUCUGGUUACUUUACACGAUUGACAAGAAUAUAUCCCUGAACCUGGGUUUCACGUCACACUUCCAGGAUCAUGAUAUUGAUGCCGACUUCUUUACCCCUUCGGAACAUCAACAGUAUCGCCCAUGGGACCUAAUGACUCUCGUUACGGCCGAGUUCGCGACGAUCCAAGGACGGGUCUAUGAUGAAUUAUACUCUAUUUCGGCUUCCAGGGCUAGCGAUGAAAAGAGGCUAAGUUCCAUUGAAAAGCUUUCUAUGGACUUAAUUGCAGUUCGAGACAAACUUCUCGCGAUCGAUGUUAGCACAGGUCUCUACGCGGAAUCUUUACAUGGCAUGGCCGCCUGUGCGGACUUCAUCACCUAUUCCGUGCUGACAGUUAUCUACCGAGCCGAAACACGUCCCCGCAAUGCCAUGGCAAUCUCAUCCCGAUGUUAUGAGGCAGCCACGCUAGCGCUGCAUAGUCAUUUGAAAUGUUUCACCUAUUUCCGCGGGCGUCAGACCCAUAAGCAAAUCGAAUAUGUUCACUGGAUUCUACUAUAUCCAUCCUUUGCACCUUUUGUGAUUGUUUUCACCCACGCGAUUACCACUGCCAACAAUGCCGAUCUGACUUUACUCCAAGAGACCGUCAAGUCUUUGGACCUCAUUAAGGGACUCUCCCGUGGGUCCACACAUUUGUAUACCAUUUGCGAAGCUUUUGCCAGAGCGGCACAGGUUCUUGUGGAAUCUCAACAGACUCUGAUGGGGCUGGAGCAACAUCAAGAUGGCUCGCUUGUCAUCCCAACUACGACGGACGGCCCAGCCAAUAUCUCUCUCCCAAACGUGCCAUGGCCAGAAGAUACGUUUGACUCCGCAAUGAGUCAAGAAGAUAUUUCUAUGUUUCUAAACGACUUCAUCGGAGCAAACCGAUCGGUCAUGAAUAUCCUAAACAUGAACUACAUGAACGACACUUUUAAUUGACAUGAAUACAACUAUCAUACACGAAGCCCAUAGAACGACACCAAA